AAGGAAGCCAUGGCGGCUGUCCUUGAUGCUUUGGCAGCCCGUGUGAUGAACAACAUCAUGGACAUGGGAGAAGCCAAGAUGAGCAUGCUGCUGGGCGUCUCCCACGAGAUCAAGAAGCUGGAGGCCAACGUGGAACCCCUCCGGAACAUCCUCACCGACGCCGAGAGGAGGCGCAUCACCGACAAGAGUGUGCAGGCAUGGGUGACCAAGCUCAAGAGUGCCAUGUACGAGGCCAGUGACAUCCUUGAUCUCUGCCAGCUCGAGGCCAUGGACCGACACGACAAGCAACACUCCAGGGGCUUAUGCCUCCGGCUCCGGGAGAAGCUGCCAUUUCUAGGGUGCCUGGGGGAAAAGCUGCAGGGUGUCCUCCAACCCUUUCUCUUUUGCGUGCAGAACCCUGGGUUUGCCAAUGAGGUAGGCUGCCGCAUCAAGAAUCUCAACGAUGAGCUGCUCACCAUCCGCAACGGUGUCGCUGGCUUCAACUUCAACAUUGACCUCGGCUCCUACGAGGAACGGAGGAGGCCGCUCACCAGUUCUGCACACCCCAGGCGCGAGAACGCACAGUUCGUCGAGUCCGAUCUCGUGGGGGAUCAGAUCAAGAAGAAUGCAGAGGAACUGGAGCAUAGGCUGAUCGUCGACAACCGCCACGAGCAUGGUAGCAACAUCGUCAAGGUGGUGGCCAUCGUUGGCCAGGGCGGCAUAGGAAAGAGCACCCUCGCCAAGAAGGUCUUUGCAAGCGAGGCCAUCAAGGAGGAUUUCAAAAUGAAGAUAUGGCUGAGCAUCACUCAGCAGUUCACCAAGGUGGACCUGCUCAGGGCCGCCAUCUCCCAAGCCGGGGGGGAGCACAGUGAGACCAAGGAUGAGACCAUCCUCGUGCAGGACCUCACCGAUGCUCUAUCAAAAAAGAAGUUUCUGCUGGUCAUGGAUGACGUGUGGAACCAAGAAGCAUGGGAAAACGUGCUUCGCACCCCCAUUCUUAAUGCCGCCGUUACACAACCAGGAAGCCGAGUCUUGGUUACCUCAAGAAAGGAUGAUGUCGUUCGGAGCAUGGGAGCUUCCAUCCUGCGUGUCGACACACUAAACGAUGAAGAUGCUUGGUGCUUGCUAAACAAACAACUGCCACAGCCACAGGUCGGUGUUGGAAGUGAUUUUGAUGAGCUGAAAGAUAUUGGGAUGAAGAUUGUUAAAAAAUGUGAUGGUUUACCACUUGCUAUUAAAGUUAUGGGUGGACUGUUAAGCACAAGAAAUCCUAAUGAACGUGACUGGGAGAAUGUUUUGCACAAGGAUUUUGGCUGGAAAGAAGAAGACGGGCCAGGAGAGAAAUUAAACUACUCAGUAAGCUUGAGCUAUGAUGAUUUAUCUCCAGAGUUGAAGCAAUGCUUUCUCUACUACUCACUUCUCCCAAAGG